CGCAUUUGUACACGGAGAAAGUGUCUAUCUUCUUCAUUUAUUCCAGUGAGGGAGAGAGAGAGAGAGAAAAUUAAUGGAUGUGAUGGUGCAGGUACCUUACGAUGCAACAGUGAAGUUGAUGCUUGCUUCACUGGAGCGUAACUUACUACCCGACGCAGUGAUAAGGAGACUCACCCGUCUGCUGUUAGCCAGCCGUCUUCGCUCCGGUUACAAACCCACCUCAGAACUCCAACUCUCUGACCUCCUCCAAUUCGUACACUCUUUAAAGGAAAUGCCCAUAGCAAUCAAGACUGAUAAGCCAAAAUCUCAACACUAUGAAUUACCUACGUCUUUCUUCAGGCUCGUUCUCGGAAAGCACCUCAAAUACAGCUGUUGUUACUUCCCAGAUAAGUCGAGCACCUUAGAGGAUGCUGAGAAGGCAAUGUUGGAGAUAUAUUGUGAGAAGUCACAGAUAAAAGAUGGCCACACUGUCCUUGAUGUUGGAUGUGGUUGGGGAACCUUGUCCUUAUACAUUGCACAGAAAUAUUGUAACUGCAAGAUUACAGGGAUUUGCAAUUCAAUGACCCAGAAAGCAUAUAUUGAUGAGCAGUGCCGGGAUCUUCAGCUGCAGAAUUUGGAGAUUAUUGUUUCAGAUAUUAGCACAUUUGAUAUGGAAGCAUCUUAUGACCGAAUAUUUUCCAUUGAAAUGUUUGAGCAUAUGAAGAACUACAAGGAUCUUCUUCAGAAGAUAUCUAGGUGGAUGAAACCAGAUAGUCUGCUUUUUGUUCAUUAUUUCUGCCAUAAAUCAUUUGCUUACCAUUUUGAGGAUGUCAAUGAUGAUGACUGGAUUACUAGGUACUUCUUUACUGGAGGUACAAUGGCUUCUGCAAAUCUGCUUCUUUAUUUUCAGGAUGAUGUUACUGUGGUCAAUCAUUGGCUUGUGAAUGGGAAGCAUUACGCACAGACAAGUGAAGAAUGGCUUAAAAGAAUGGACAAGAAUUUAAGUUCCAUAAAGCCAAUAAUGGAGUCGACUUAUGGAAAGGAUUCGGCUGUCAAGUGGACUGUCUAUUGGAGAACAUUUUUCAUAGCAGUUGCAGAACUAUUUGGGUACAAUAAUGGAGAAGAAUGGAUGGUUGCUCUUUAUCUAUUCAAGAAGAAAUGAAGUCGAUCAUAAAAUUGCAGAAAAGAAUGAGUCCUUUUUAACAAGGAAAGAUACCAUUGUGGUUGUGGUAUCAGAGAUCUAAUUGUUUGAAGAAAUUUGGGAUGAACAACAACCACAUGUCCAGACCUUGUUCCUUGCAUCCUGAAAUUGAAGGACUCCACUGUCUAUUUUUUUGAAGAUGUUCACUUGUAAGUUUUUAUUGGUGUUCCUGUAGACUUGCACUGCAGAUUAAUUUUGGAAGCAUGAUGGCUUCAGGCUGCUUAAUAAAUGUCAGCACUAAUAUAAAAAACUGCGAG